AUACAAACGUAAGACAGUUUACAUCACAUUAUCAACUGUCGGACGCCUGACACAUUCAUGUGAUAAUAAUCUGAUAGUCCCAGCCUUCCCUGUCUCGUCUCAUCUACAUCUCUGGCAUCGAUUCAUCGGCCUGUUGCUGGACAGGCUGCUUGACAGGCUGCUGCCCUCGCCCGCCUUGUCGCUACCAGUACCACCUUUGCAUCCUUCACAAGAGCUGGUUGGACGGUUACAUCCAGUUUUACGAGCAGAGCAGGAAUUCAGUACAGCCAUGUCCGAGGAGGUCGAAGGAACGAGGACUUCUGAAGAACAGCAGGAAAUGGAGGACAAAGUAAUUAGUCCAGAGAAGGCAGAGGAGGCCAAACUGAAGGCCAGGUAUCCUAACCUUGGAACCAAGCCAGGAGGCUCAGACCUUCUCAGGAAAAGACUUCAGAAGGGGCAAAAGUAUUUUGACUCUGGUGACUACAACAUGGCCAAGGCAAAAAUGAAGAACAAACAGUUGCCAUCAGCCCCAACGGAGAAGGCGGAGAUCACAGGCGGGCACAUCCCAACACCUCAGGACCUGCCCCAAAGAAAGACUUCAAUUGUGGCCAGCAAACUGGCUGGUUGAUGAGUUUAUGUUUACUGUUUUGUUACCAUUCCAACUCCCACUUCAUAUCUACCCGCAGUUUACAUUAUUUUUCACCUUUGUAUGUAUUCUCUAAGAACAAGCUAUGUACCAAGUGAAAUUCUUGAGAGAAAUUGGCAACUGUCAGGCACUGAACUAUUGAGCUAACUCAAACAACAAAGCAGUAGCUGAAAAUGUUUCUCAAGACUGUAAAAACAAAACAAAAAAGAAAUAUAUGAACGGUGAUUAAUUUCUGAACAUCAUACCACAGUUGUAAAUUUGAAUGGAUGUUAGUGCUAUCUAAUUUUCACUGAACGUUUUCACUCGUAAGGAUAUAUCUAUAUCUUUAUAGAUAUGUAUAUCUUUCAUGCAAAUUGUCUGUCAAACAACAGUUGAAGAGUCUGGGCAGAUUGUCUGUUUUUAAUCACCUGUUCCACCAUGUUACUGAUAAUUAUAGAGGCAAAAAUACUUUGAAUUAUGACCACAGACAGAGGGAAAUAUCACCUGAGUUUGCAUUGAUGUAAGGGGGAGGUAGAAGUGUACUUUGCAGAUAUACCUUUGAGUUUGAAGCUAAUUUGUGUAUUCACCCACUCAAAUGGAGGCAUGUCUGUUUUAAAUAGUGAAAAGUUAAGUAAUCCUGCAUUGAUUUUUGUUUUCUAAGUCUUGACUGUGUGUCCUUUCCUCUUGCUGUGAAGCAGUUUGAUUCUGUGCUUUCAAAGCACUGAAGUUUAGAUCACACCCCCUUUGUAACCAAUUGUAUUUUAAUACAUUUUAGUGACAUUGGUUUGCAACAACUUGCUGCUGGUCUCCAUCUCACCCUGACCUCUAAAAUGGCCUUAAAAGUAAUGGACUCUCUUGAGCAAUAUUUGCUCCCUCAGUGAGAAUCGAAGUUGUGAAUUUUGCCUGAAAUGUCUGUCACUGUCUGACUGGAAUCACUUAGGAUUUUAUGGAAAGAAACUCCCUUGAUGUGUCUGGAGUGUGCAUGUGCAUUUAUUGUGCAGUCACACUGUGCCAUUUGUUUUGUAAAUAAAAUAGUUUUGCAUAAUA